AUGUCGCUGUCAUGCCGCCCUCAUGUCGCUGUCAUGUCGCCCUCAUGUCGCUGUCAUGUCACCUCAUGUCGCUGUCAUGUCACCCUCAUGUCGCCGUCAUGUCACCCUCAUGUCGCUGUCAUGCCGCCCUCAUGUCGCUGUCAUGUCGCCCUCAUGUUGCCCUCAUGUCGCCCUCAUGUCGCUGUCAUGUCACCUCAUGUCACCCUCAUGUCGCUGUCAUGUCGCCCUCAUGUCGCCCUCAUGUCGCCCUCAUGUCGCCCUCAUGUCACCCUCAUGUCGCCGUCAUGUCACCCUCAUGUCACCCUCAUGUCGCUGUCAUGUCACCCUCAUGUCACCCUCAUGUCGCUGUCAUGUCACCCUCAUGUCACCCUCAUGUCGCUGUCAUGUCACCCUCAUGUCGCCGCCAUGUCACCCUCAUGUCGCUGUCAUGUCGCCCUCAUGUCGCUGUCUUGUCGCCGUCAUGUCGCCCUCAUGUCGCCCUCAUGUCGCCCUCAUGUUGCCCUCAUGUUGCCCUCAUGUAGCCCUCAUGUCGCCCUCAUGUCGCCCUCAUGUCGCCCUCAUGUCGCCCUCAUGUCGCCCUCAUGUCGCCCUCAUGUCGCCCUCAUGUCGCCCUCAUGUUGCCCUCAUGUUGCCCUCAUGUAG